AUGUCUUCUACCGCUACCUCGAAACACGUCAAGACUCGCAUUCUUAUUAUAUCGGACACACAUGGAUCCAAACCAAAGCCCAAAAACGAAAAGAGUUCCAGUACUGAAGACGAACUAAAUCAGGAAGAUGUCAUGAACGUGAUUACUGGCUGGGGGUAUCCUUUACCAGAGGCGGAUAUUGUAAUUCACUGUGGCGAUCUUACAAAACGCACGACUAUCCCCGAGUUCGAACAGACCUUCUCCGUCUUGCGAUCUAUCAAAGCUCCCUUGAAAUUGGCUAUUGCGGGUAAUCACGACACUGCACUUGAUGAGAAUUAUUGGACCAAAAAGUAUGGUGGAACGAAGGAGACCCUAGACAAGGUCAAAGAAAUUGUUCGAGAAGCUGAAAAAGACGGUGUUAAGUAUUUAACAGAAGGUGUUCACAGGUUUACCUUGGCAAACGGCGCAUUACUGAAGAUGUAUGCAAGUCCCUGGACUCCUGCCUACGGUGGCUGGGCUUUCCAGUAUGACGAUGGCCAUGACUUUGAUAUUCCUCCAGGGAUGGACGUGGCCGUGACUCACGGCCCUCCUCAAGGUAUCCUCGACUUCGCGGGUAUGACGGGUACCCACGCUGGAUGUCCAGAACUUCUUGCAGCCGUCGCCCGUGCGAAACCCAAGAUUCAUUGCUUUGGGCACAUCCAUGAAGCAUGGGGAAUGCACCAUGUUACCUGGGAUGGAGAUGAAAUCGACCAAGAUCGGUCACGACAGCUUGGGCUUAAAGGGCUGCGACCGAACCGUGUGACACAUAAUAAAGAGACGGCCCAAAUGACGAGGGAGAAACUUAUUGAAAUGAGCAAACAAAGAGCUGUUCAGCUUGACUUAACUCAGGGCGACACUCAGAUAGUCCCAGGCAAGCAGACGUUGUUUGUGAAUGCGGCGAUCAUGAGUAUCAGAUAUCGACCAGUACAGUUGCCAUGGCUCAUCGAUGUUGACUUGGAAAAGGUCGAACAAAUAGUCUAA